AUGGAGUAUGCCGGGACUCAGCUCUCCUGGCCCCAGAGUCAAGCGAGACAGGCCGCUGACGAUCGUGACGCGGAAGCCGAGGCUAGGGCCAAGCAGCAGCGCAGGAAGGUCCAGAACCGGAAGAACCAAAGAGCACACCGACUACGGCUCAAGGGCAGAGACCCGGAGAAUGUUCAGGAGUCGCGCCCAUUCCAGGUCAGGCGCUGGCGCCUCGACGAGCCCGACCAUUUUCCCUCCCAAGAAAUUUCGCUAGCAUCAGAGCGCGCAACAACUACGUCCUUCUCCCUUCGACCGCCUCACACGUACACAGGCACAUCACCCUCCACAGCCAAGCGUACAGUCGUCCUCCGAGGAUCGCCAUCCACUGCCCACACCCCGGCCCUGCAUCUGGACCCCCAGCCCUUUACUUUUCCCCUCUCCUCGGACCACCUCCUCCAUCUCAUUCAGUAUAAUGUCUGCCGCGCCUUAAUCUCUAAUAUGCGUACCCUCAACACCCAACCCGCCCACUCGACCAUCUGCACCAUUUCCUCACCCUGCCGUGACGACACGGCCCUCUACCCCCUCAAGCCCGACAUCCCUCCCUCCCUCGUCCCGACCGCCCUCCAGCAAACUCGCUAUCACUCUACCUGGAUUAACGUCAUUCCCUUUCCCCGCGCCCGCGACAACCUUAUCAGAUAUGAAGGCCGCUUCGACCCCUGGGAGCUGAUGCAGGACCUCGUCGGUGAUCUAAUCAACUCGACACCAGCCCCGCGACGACGAGAUGCGCCUGUUUCCACCAACGUCCCCGAGACUCAACAGCCCCUGACCCUUUCAUCUCGAAGUGAUCCGGAUGAAGUGACCGCCGGGCGUAAGGGGCUCAUUGUCUGGGGCGAGCCGCACGAAAUGAAGAGCUGGGAGGCCACGCCCGGUUUUCUUGCGAAAUGGGGAUGGAUUGUGGAUGGCUGCGACGAGUUGGUGGAAAUAAGCAACCACUGGAGGAUGAAAAGGGGGGAGGAACCUAUGCGACUCGCGAUGUCGAGGAGUAGUUAUCCGCCACCACCGCUCUCACACGCAGCACCAAGUGGAGGAUAG